GAAGAGAUAAUCCCUACACGUGCGUGUGUGGGUUUUCCGGGUUUCCACUCUCUCAUCGUUCACGGAGCUCAAAACCCUAACCCAAAACCUUUCUUGAAUUUCUUCAAUCCAAUGUCCAGACUUUCCUCCUCUUUUCUUUUACAUUUCAUCCAAAAUCGUUUUCUGAACACCAUUUAUACUUCUACGUUGCCUUUCUCCUCUGUUUCUACCAUCCAAUUCCUCAAAAAUUCAUGUGGCCUCUCUUCAGAAUCUCCUUAUUCCGCCGCUCGAAAACUCCAAUUCGAUGAAGAAAGCAUCCAGAAGUACGAAGCCACUAUCGGUUUCUUGAAAUCACAUGGAUUCGAUAAUUCACAGAUCGCCAAGUUGGUCUCGAAGCACCCUUCGAUUCUUCAAUCCAAAGUAUCCACCAAUCUGAAGCCUAAAUUUGAGUUCCUCCAGGAAAUCGGAUUAGUCGGUCCUUUACUUCCUAAGCUGAUUGCAUCAAACCCUUACAUUCUUCUCAGGAGCUUGGAUUCUCAUUUGAAACCAUCAUUUUUUUUCUUGAAGGAAAUUCUUGAAUCGGAUGUACAAGUAACUGCUGCUAUUUGUCGUUCUGCAAGGCUUCUAACUUUUGAUUUUAAGGGUAUUUUAAAACCUAACGUUGAUGUUUUGGUCAGUGAAGGAAUGCCUUCUAGGAAUAUAGCCAAAAUGAUUGCAUUGCAGCCUAUAGCUAUUAUGCAAAGGGUUGAUAGAAUGAUUCAAGCAGUGAAAACGGUUAAAGAAUUAGGCGUUGAACCAAAGGCUCGCAUGUUUGUUUAUGCAGUUCUAAUAAGGCUUUCAUUGAGUGAUUCGAAUUGGACGAAUAAGAUAAAUGUUUUGAAGAGUUUAGGAUGGUCUGAGAAGGAGAUUUUUGCAGCAUUUAAGAAAGAUCCAAAUUAUUUAGGUUGUUCAGAGAAGAAAAUGAGGGAUGUUGCAGAUUUCUGUUUCAACACUGCAAAGUUGGAUCCAGGAACCGUAAUUUCUUACCCUGUGUUCUUCAAGUCAUCAGUCGACAAGCGGCUCCGACCGAGGUACAAAGUUCUUGAGGUUUUGAAGGUGAAAAAUCUUCUUAAGAACAAAAAGAUUGCUGGGGUGCUUUUACAAGGGGAGAAAACUUUUGUGGAGAAAUAUGUUGUUAAGCAUUUAGAUGAAAUCCCAAAUCUGAUGGACAUAUACCGGGGCAAUGUCGAAGCGGAAACCAAAUCUGUUCCAUAGGAUUGGAAAGUUGUAAGUUAAUAAUUUUCUUAUAGUUUAAAUUCUAGCAUCAUGAUCUUCUAAUGGGGGAGCUUUUCAAGAUCUCCCUCUUUCUUUUCAAGUGGGAGAAGUCUGUUGUUUUCCCUUCCAAUUUGAGGCUCUUACCUAAAUAUUUUGCUAUAUAUUUGUUAGGGCUAUUUGAGUUGUUUUCCCCUUCCUAAUCUCUUACUCAUCCUUUGAACUUUUGUAACUUUGUACACUAAUUUUUGAAUCUAAUGAUCUUGAAACGGAGGUGGUUUUUUUCAUUCA